AUGCGAGUCAGCAAAAGGGUGCAACUGCCUGAGCCUCUCCCACCUCCCCCCUUCCCCACUCACAGCGCAGGAAAAACGCAGGAAACCAGCAACUCCAGCACCACGAGUGCCUCCGACAACCCCCAACGCAAAAACAAAAGGCAAAAGGUGGGUGUCAAAAAACGUGCCAGAGCCCAGCGAAGGCGAGGAGGCGGCGGGGUACUCCCAGCGAACAGCUACUGGGGGCCAGGAACGCCAACUCGGGCGGGAGGCAGCCUGCUCACCCCGGCUUGCACCGCCCCCAGGAACUCGGGGGUCGAGAAGAGAAGGAGGAGCUCACCGGGGCCAGGACUACCUCCGCGUUACCCGGGCCCUCGGCCGGAGAGCGGCGCCGGGGCGGCCCCGCCGGGCUGUGCCCGGCUGCACGGGGAGGAGCCUCUCCGCACAGCCCCCCUGCCACCGAAACUUCUGCGGGAGCCGAGGUCGCCUGGCGCCUUUCCUCCAGAAAACAACGCACAUCAGCCCAAAUCACAGCCGGCUUCCCCCUUACUCCGCACCGGCCUGGCCCAGCGCGGCCUCCGAGCCGGCCGAGGCCCACGCCCCGGAGGCGGCAGCGGCGCGGCCCUGCCCAGCCCGCUCCUCUCCGCGGCGCUCCGCUCCGCCGCCUCCCCUCGCAGAGAGCUGGCAGGGCCCAGCCCGCCUCCCCGCGACAAACUUUCCAACUGCGAGAGACCGAGCGGACCGCCCCGCGCCCCAGCAGCACCCCGCAACUUUACCGGGAAGCUGCAGGAUCGCCUCUCCGCCGGCCGCCCGCCUUGCCCCGGCCGCUUUGUCUCCUUCUCCCCACACCGCUCCCGUCCCGCGGAGGAAAUCGGCUCUUCCGGGCGCCUCCCCCGCCCUGCCUUCCCCAGCCCGGCCCGGCCGCUCUUCCCGGCACCGCCCGCCGCGCCGCCCCCGCGCCCUUCCCGGCACCGCCCGCCGGCAGCGCAGCGCAGCGCUGGUCAGCGCCUGGGGCUGCCGCGGGUGCUGCCGGCAGAGCUGCCCGCGAUGGGUAAAUACUGCACCGAGAUUUAUGGGGCUCUGCAGCGGUAA